AUGGCUGAUCCAUUUGAGGUGCGCAUGCGCUUUACAAGCCAACUGCAGCACCUCAACGCGUCCGUCAACUCUGCGCAGAAAGCCGCCAACUAUGCUCUCAAAUACCGGGAAAUGGACGAGGACUUGCACUCGUGCAUCCUCGAGCAGCUGGAGAGGAAUAACAUGAAUAACCGCGCGAAUAUAAUGUACUUCAUCGAACACCUUUGCGACAUGGCACAACGGGAAAACCACCUCGAGUUCGUGCGCAUGAUGGAGCGGGAUAUCCUUCGCGUGGUAGAUGCGGUAGCGCCCAGUGACGGCUCGGGGGCAGCGAAUGUGAAGGUUGUCCGGAGGGUGCUCAACGGCCUCCAGCAGAAGCAGGUGCUUCUUCCACAAACUGUCCAGGAACUUGAGGAAUGCCUCAAAGAGCGCGAUAUCGGUGGCGCACACCCUGCUCUGUCAUCACCCACCAACGGCGCCCCCGGAAGCGGACGGCAUACACCGCGCGCGAACGGCGCGAUACGGCUAGACAAGCGCCAAAUCGAACAGCGCAUUGAAGAGGACCGCGAGAGGCAUAAGAGACUAAGAGAAGUCAUUUGGGCGGUGGAUCACGAUGGAGACGGCGAGUUUGAAAAGUUAUGGGAGGAAAGUAGUGAUAUCGGGGAUGAUGACUACAUAGGUGCCGAGGAGGAUAAAGAAGAGAGGAACCAAGCGAUCGAAUUCGACACAUAG